CCGUCGCCACCCAAGAGCAGCCAAUCCGCACCCACCAGGGCACCGCCCCGCACUACCCCAUGAGCAGCCAACCCGUCACAGCCAUGAGCACCAAAUCCUCACCCAGCAUGAGCAGCCAGAUCCGUCAGCCAGCCAAAGCAGCCAGAUCCCCCACUACCCAGAGCAGCCAGAUCCUCAGCUGCCAUGACGCCAAUCAGUCACCCAGCCAGGAGCAGCCCAGAUCCGUCCCCGCCAUACCUCUACCGGGGAUCCCCAACCCCGUUCCCCGGGACCCGCCAGAGCGCCAGGGGGAUCCGCAGGCCGUCCACGGGACCCCGCCAAGCCUCCAGCCGGGUCCGCCAGAGCCGUCCAGCCGGGAUCCGCCAGAGCCGUCCAGCGGGAUCCGCCAGAGCCGUCCAGCCGGGAUCCGCCAGAGCCGUCCAGCCGGGAUCCGCCAGAGCCGACCAGCCGGGAUCCGCCAGAGCCGUCCAGCCGGGAGCCGCCAAAGCCGUCCAGCCAGUAUCCGCCAUUCUGUCCGGUACUGCCCCUUAGUCCGGUACUGCCCCUUAGCCUGGUACUGCCCCUUAGUCCGGUACUGCCCCUUAGUCCGGUACUGCCCCGUAGUCCGGUGCUGCCCCUUAGUCCGGUGCCGCCCCUUAACCCAGUGGGGUGUAGUUGGGGGGUGGUAAUGUGGAGGAGGCUAGGGAAGCGGGUGGUGACUAAGGUGGGAUGGGGACCACGACCAGGGGCAGAACCGCCACCGUGGACAGACGCCCACCCAGACCCUCCCCUAGACUGUAUGCUGGUGCGCCCGGGGUUCGCACCUUUAGGGGGGGGUACUGUCACGCUCUGGUUCCGGGACGUUGUUAUAGAACCAGGGUGUGUUUGUUUUGUUGGGUGUUGUGUGGGCUAGGUUGGGUAUGAGGUGUGUUCGUUUUGUUGUGUGCUGUUUGGUUGGGGUGUCUAGGUGGUUGUCUUCCUUGUUUGUAUUCAUGUGACUCCCAAUCGGAGGUAACGAGUGACAGCUGUCGGCUCGUUAUCUCUGAUUGGGAGCCAUAUUUAAACUGUGUGGUUUCACCUUGUGUUUGUGGGUUUUUGUUUCCUUGUUCCAUGUUCCGUGUUUCAGUAUUGGUAACUUUUGGACUUCACGUAUCGUCUUUUGUUUUGUUUUCUCGUGUUGCACUUUAUUAAAUAAAGUCAUCAUGUUCACUCGCAACGCUGCGCAUUGGUCCGCUCCUUUUGACGAUCGUGACAGUAUUCUACAGAUAUACUAAAUAUUCUAUCCACAUACUAUAAUGUCUAUACAUCCCAUCACACAAACACACACACAUAUAUAUAUAUAUAUAUAUAUAUAUAUAUAUAUACAUACAGUACCAGUCAAAAGUUUGGAAACACCUACUCAUUCAAGGAUUUUUCUUUAUUUUUACUAUUUUCUACAUUGUACAAUAAUAGUGAAGACAUCAAACCUAUGAAAUAACACAUAUGGAAUCAUGUAGUAACCAAAAAAGUGUUAAACAAAUCCAAAUAUAUUUUAUAUUUGAGAUUCUUCAAAUAGCCAACCUUUGCCUUGAUGACAGCUUUUCACACUCUUUGCAAUCUCUCAACCAGCUUCAUGAGGUAGUCACCUGGAAUGCAUUUCAAUUAACUUUUGACUGGUACUGUGUAUAUACAGUGCUAUGAAAAAGUAUUUGCCCCCUUUCUAAUUUUCUCUACUUUUGCAUAUUUGUGAUACUUAAUGUUAUCAGAUCUUCAAUCACAACCUAAUAUUAGAUAAAGGGAACAUAAGUGAACAAAUAAUACAACAAUUACAUAUUUAUUUCAUUUAUUUCAUAAACAAAGUUACGCAACACCCAAUUCCCCUGUGUGAAAAAGUAAUUGCCCCCUUACACUCAAUAACUGGUUGUGCCACCUUUAGCUGCAAUGACUCCUGUAGUUGUUGAUCAGUCUCUCACGUCGCUGUGGUGGAAUUUUGGCCCGCUCUUCCAUGCAGACCUGCUUUAACUCAGUGACGUGUGGGUUUUCAAGCAUGAACUGCUCGUUUCAAGUCCUGCCACAACAUCUCAAUUGGGAUUAGGUCUAGACUUUGACUAGGCCAUUCCAAAACUUCAAAUUUGUUGCUUUUUAGCAAUUUUCAUGUAGACUUGAUUGUGUGUUUUGGAUCAUUGUCUUGCUGCAUGAGCCAGCUGCGCUCCAGCUUCUGCUCACAGACGGAUGGUCUGACAUUCUCCUGUAGAAUUCUCUGAUACAGAGCAGAAUUCAUGGUUCCUUCUAUUAAGGCAAGUCGUCCAGGUCCUGAGGCAGCAAAGCAUCCCCAAACCAUCACACCACCACCACCAUGCUUGACCUUUGGUAUAAUGUUCUUACUGUGGAAUGCAGUGUUUGUAUAUAUAUAUACUACGGACUCCGACAUUGCUCGUCCUAAUUUUUAUAUAUUUCUUAAUUCCAUUAUUUUACUUUUAGAUCUGUGUGUAUUGUUGUGAAUUGUUAGAUAUUACAGCACUGCUGGAGCUAGGAACACAAGCAUUUCGCUACACCUGCAAUAACAUCUGCUAAAUAUGUGUAGGUGACCAAUACAAUUGUAUUUUAUUUACAUGUUAUUUAUUAUUUUCCUCUCUCUAUCCCUAGGUAUGCUCUGAUACCCAGAGGAGGAGGUCCAGGGGUUAAUGUGGGCCACACCUGUACAUACUGUAUAUCCCCUCUGAGAAUGGAGGCAAGGGGAAGGUCCUGAUUGUAGGAGGAGCCAACCCUAAUGGUAGCUUUUCAGAAUCCCACGUCAUAAACCUGGGUAAAAAACGAAAUGUCACAUCAACACAAUAUUAUGUCUCGCACCUGUCUUUAUUGUGUUUCAUAUCAUUUGAAUGUUUUAUUUCAUGUCAGUGAGUCAACUUCUCAUCUUACCAAUCACGUCAAUCUGUUCUGAUAUACUCUUUGAUUGACAGUUCCAUGUUUGUCUCUCUUACCCUAUCAGACAGUCACUAGUGGGACAUUCCUGAGUGAGGGGGUCUGGUGGCACGGUAUGAACACUGCAGCUUUGUCCCUGAGAGCUGUCCACAGAGCAUGUGGUUGUUUGCUGGGGCACAGCAGAGUGGCAAUCGCAACUGUGUCCAGAACCUACAACUCACAGGUAUGGAGAUUUGUAUAGUCUGAUUUUAAUAAAAUGUUUUAUUUGCUUUAUUAGGAUCCCCAUUAGCUGACGCCAAUGGCGACAGCGGUCCGACACAUAACGAAAAAUACAUUACAGACAGAACACUUUACAAUUUACAUACAUUUAAAAACAUUAACAGGUAGUGUGUGUGUGUGUGCAUCUAUCAGUUACACAUACCUGUCAGUACAUACACACAACAAGUAGGUCACAUGGGGGCAAUGUGUUGUGCCCGUGUUGCUUUAUUCGUUUUUUUACUGUACGUUUCCUUGAAUUUGUUCUGGACCUGGGGACUGUAAAAAAGACCCCUGGUGGCAAGUCUGAUGGGGAAAGUGUGUGUCAGUGCUGUGUGUAAGUUGACUAUGCAAACAAUUUGGAAUAUCCAACACAUUAAUGUUUCUGAUAAAAACAAGAAGUGAUGCGUCAGUCUUUCCUCAACUCUUAGCCAAGAGAAACGGUCAUGCAUAGUAUUAAUAUUAGCCCUCUCAUUACGAUGAAGAGCAAGACGUGCUGCUCUGUUCUGGGCCAGCUGCAACUUAACUAGGUCUUUCUUUGCAGCACUUGACCAUAUGACUGGACAAUAAUCAAGAUAAGAUAAGAUAGAACUAGAGCCUGCAGGACUUGCUUUGUUGAGUGUCAAGAAAGCAAAGCAUCUCUUUAUUAUUUCCCCAUCUUUACAACCAUUGAAUCUAUAUAUUUUGACCAUGACAGUUUACAAUCUAAGGUAAAGUAAUUUAGUCUCCUCAACCAGAUUCAGCUGAGGUCUAGAAUUUAGGAAAUUAUUUGUACCAAAUACAAUGCUCGUAGUUUUAGAGAUGUUCAGGACCAGUUUAUUACCAUAAUUUGCUAAUAAAUUCAUUAAAAAUCCUACAAUGUGAUUUUCUGGAAAAAAAAUUCUCAAUUUGUCUGUCAUAGUUGACGUGUACCUAUGAUGAAAAUUACAGGCCUCUCUCAUCUUUUUAAGUGGGAGAACUUGCACAAUUGGUGGCUGACUAAAUACUUUUUUCCCCACUGUAUGUAGUGUUUUCCUCUGUCUCCUUUUGUAGUUUCCUGCACCUGGUCUCAGCCAGACACACAGGGCAGACAUCCUCCUGCUAGACACGGCCACGUGGUGGCAGCGGUGUGUUCCAAACUCUAUAUCCAUGGAGGCAUGGCAGGAGAGAAGUUCCACAGCAACAUGUACUCUCUGGAUACCAGUAAGUAUUCAACAGUCAUACAUACACAUGGUCCUGCUGUAGUUGUAUUAUUAUAUUGUGUCCUCUGUUGAAAUAAUUCCAGUGAAAUGUAUAAUUCUAUGUUGGUAUGAGAAGUGGUAUGGCUGGUCCUGUUAACUACUGCAUUUGGGUGCUAUACUUUCUCUAGGCAGUAUGAAGUGGGAGAAGGUCAAAGCUAAAGGUGACAUCCCCCCGGGGUGGCUGCCCCCUCAGCUGUAGCCCUGGGAAAGAACAUCUACAUCUUUGGAGGGGUGACCUCAGAAGGGGACAGCAAUGCAAUGUACAGAUUGCAGUGUGAUGAGGCUAAAAAUAUCUACUUUGGAAUGUGGUCAUACUUUGAGGUAAUAAUUGCCACAAAUGUAAAGUCAUUGAUUCAUGUAUCCAAUAUAGAGAUAAUACAUUAUUUAAAGCAAUACUGUUUUGUAAUACUGAUGCACCUUGAGUACUUUGUUAAACUCUUCCCAUCCUGUGCAGACAAAAGGCACUGGACCCUGCGGCGGUUUGAAGGGGACCUGACACCCAACAGACUGGACCACUCCUUUUGUGUACUUCCCUGGAGAGUGAGGCCUGAGGGCAGCAGUGGAGAGGGAGACCAGGCCCAGAGCUCCUCAGCAUCAGAGACACUACAGCUGGCCUUUGUGUUUGGAGGGAUGGACACUCAGAGGGUCAUACACAGUGACUGUGUUGUAACAGUCCUAACA